UUAUAAUUGGAGUUAACGUGUUAAAAAACAUUGACACAUCGAUUUGUUUUAAAACUAUCCCGUUGGAACUCACAGGGAUGGUAAUCGAGAAUAUGAUCUUCUAGUUUUACUAUGUUGAAAAAAAAAACGCGCAUCAUUUUGUCCCUGGUGGCCUGAGUCCGAUUGCACAAUGCUUUUUUCCCUACACGAACCUACAAGUUCAUAUGCUGUUGAUAGGUUUCUUGUCGGUAUUUCGUAUUCCAGUAUAAUAUCAUAAAUAUCUGAUUAUUUUGCGAUACUGAACAAAUGUUUUUGAGUAGAAUCAGUAUUAAACAUUUAGCCAUCAAUGUUUUCAGCUAAAAAGUAUUUAUUUAUUAAUUUAUUGCAUGAAAGGUGGACGCCCUUGGCUAACCCGCUUUGCUGCAACUACCAUUGGCUUGGUCAAUGUUAUAUUACAAUUAAGUGCGGUUAUCUUGCUUCAUUUAAAAGUGAGCCGUCCAAAUAUGCUGUUGCCAUAGCGACGACGGAGCGAGGGAGAGCCUGCUCACGUGACCCAUCAAAAUGGCGACCUCAAUGCAGCGUUGACGUGAAUAAGUCAAGCAACGUGGGCCUGAUUUGCGAGCAUUUGGAUGUUAUUUAUAAUCGUCGAUCAUCAUCAUAAUGGCCCUUAAUGUCUUUGAUCACGAUGAGUUCAGGCCACCGGUGUGGAAGUCUUACUUAUACCAGCUCCAACAGGAGGCGCCCCACCCCCGCCGAGUCACAUGUACCAGUGAGGUGAACAAUAGACCAAAGUAUUAUGGAAGAGAGUAUCAUGGGAUGAUUUCACGUGAAGAUGCUGACCAGCUACUGAGUCAGGCCGAAGGCAGCUACCUCAUCAGGGAGAGUCAGAGACAGCCGGGAACCUACACGCUGGCACUGCGGUUUGGUAACCAGACAAGAAACUUCCGUCUCUACCAUGAUGGGAAACACUUUGUUGGAGAAAAGAGAUUUGAGUCCAUUCAUGACCUGGUCACAGACGGGCUCAUCACUCUCUACAUCGAAACUAAGGCCGCGGAGUACAUCGCCAAAAUGACCAUUAACCCUAUAUAUGAACAUGUGGGCUACACCACCCUGAACCAGGAGCCUGCUAUGAGGAAGCAUCUGCCCCUGAGUGAAGAUGCACCCGAUGGACCUGCGGUAGUACAGGAAAGCCAGAACGCAGAAGAGAGGCUCACAUCACUGGUACGAAGGUCCACACUGAAGGAGAGUGACUUCUUGCCUAAAUAUGAGAAGGUCCACAACUUUAAAGUUCAUACAUUCCGGGGUCCUCACUGGUGUGAAUACUGUGCCAACUUCAUGUGGGGUCUUAUUGCUCAAGGAGUCAAGUGUGCAGACUGUGGUCUAAACGUCCAUAAGCAGUGCUCAAAGGUUGUGCCCAAUGACUGCCAGCCUGACCUGCGGCACGUCAAGAAGGUGUACAGCUGCGACCUGACCACGCUGGUCAAGGCCCACAACACCAAGAGGCCAAUGGUGGUGGACAUGUGCAUUCAGGAAAUUGAAGCAAGAGGUCUUCAUUCAGAAGGUUUGUACAGAAUAUCGGGCUUCAGUGAGCUGAUCGAAGAUGUCAAACUGGCCUUUGAUAGAGAUGGAGAGAAAGCUGAUAUAUCUGCAAAUGCCUAUGAAGACAUCAACAUUAUCACCGGAGCUCUCAAGCUGUACUUCAGAGAGCUGCCCAUCCCCCUCAUCACCUACGAUGCCUACCCACACUUCAUGGAAGCAGCAAAAAUAACUGAUGCAGAAAAACGCCUGGAGUCGCUGCAUGAAGCCCUGAAGCUUCUGCCACCUGCUCACCGCGAGUCGCUGCGAUACCUCAUGGCUCACCUGAAGAGAGUGACCCAGUGUGAGAAGGAGAACCUGAUGUCCAGCGAGAACCUGGGCAUCGUCUUUGGACCCACUCUGAUGAGAGCACCGGAUCUGGACGCCAUGACCGCGCUCAACGACAUCCGCUACCAGCGUCUGGUGGUGGAGACGCUCAUCACCAAUGAAGACGUGCUGUUCUGAGGGACGUGCAGGCAGCAGAGCCAAAACUGGAGAGUUUCUUAGAAAUGAAGUGAAGAGGUGGAGGGAACUGACUCCUGACAACUCUAGUAGUCGACCAAACUUGAAUCUGAACUGUUCCCGUCCUGGGACUGACCAUCCAUGAAGGGAAGCCAGUUGUCGUCUGGUGACACUCGCUCAGACAAAUACUCUCUCUGUCUCUCUAGUGCAGUCCUCUCAAAACAAGGCACCCCUUGUGCUAUGUUGCUAGCACCUUAGUCGAGCCACUUUUUAACGUCUUGACUGAUCUUUUUGUAUCACGUGCUCGUCGAUUCAUCCCGUGGAACCACUUCUGGACUUGGACUCGCAGUUUUCUUUCAUCAGAGUGGCACGAUGAUCGUGUCAGUCCCACUUGUUUGCACUUGCGUGGAUUGUAGUUCUCCUCUUCCUCCAAUGGACUCGGAUGAUGUGAUCCUAGCUGCCUUUGUUCUGGCCAGGUGGAGCCAAACCUAAUGAUUCUCUGAAGUCUCUAUUCAAGUAUUGUGCUCAUAUUGAUCCCUAGUGGUGAACCACAGUUGGCCCGUCCAUAUGCUAAUAGCCAACCCUGUUUCCAAAUGCUUCUCAUGUUCCACAAUCCUCUCAGUGAGUUUGCACCUGGAAGUUUUUACUUGGGUGACUCGCUUAGCGUCUUCUUGAUAUAUUGCAACGAACCGGUGAAGUGUUGACCAUGAGUCUUUUAUUUAACAGGCUGAUUUAUCACCUUGUUAUUCCAACAUAUUAGUGUUUAUUGUAAUAAUUGGAUGCACCAUCUCUCUGUUUUUCCCUUUUCUUUCAACUUCCUUCCAUUUUUUUCCCCCUCAUUCUCUCACUAUUUUUGGGCAGUAUCUCAAUAGUUGGAUCAAGCUUCAUUCAUGACUGAUCAACGUCUGCUUCUACACGUACACCCUGAUCUGAUCAUCUCCAAAUUUCCGCAUAUUCCCUGCAUCCCAACUACGUGAAGAUUCCAACUUGCUGUUUGAGCCUUUAUGACUUGGAUCUGGGGUAACUCGUGACCAAAUACUUUCCACUUGAGAUUGUGGCGUACAGCCUUGCUCCCUGCCUCUCCUGACUGUCCACGCCAUGUUUGAGUUCCACCAAUGGCUUCCCUUUGUCUGUGCCCCUUCUUAACUUCCUAAGGUGAAUGAACUCAUGUUGAAGUUUGAUUUUAUGACAUUUGCUGACUAUUCCUGGUAAAAGACGCUGAACUUAAGCUGUGCUUAUGUUGAGUUUGCAGUAGUAGGGGUGGGUGGGGUUGUUAUUGUUCCUGACCAAGGUGUUUUCAUGGUGGAGUGCAGAUGGUCUGUGAUCAUUCCUGAAUCAUUCUGUGAACCUGUUUCUAUAUGGACAACGUUUAUAUUUAAAUUUAGUGCCAUUUGUAGCCAGUAGAGAGGGGCUUCUGUUCACGUCCCUUGGGACAUAUUUAUUCACCAGCACCCCCACUUCUGUCGGGGGUCAUUGAUUAAAUGAAAGACUUGUCUUUUUGUGUUUUGGAUUUCUGUUUUUACACAAUCGAACGUCUUCUGCGCUGCCUUCACUGAUCUGUGGCUCCUCUGCUUUUUGGUCUGUUUACAUUGUCAUUUUUGUCAAGUAUUUCUGAAGUCGCUUGUGCAUGGUGGCAUUAAACAAUGGAACAUGGAGUUCAAGUGCCCCCGGAUGUGAAUCUUUGUUCCUGCUCGUAAACUCUUCCUCUGAUGGUAAAGGGAUUAAAACAUUUUGUCAC